AGAAGUAACAGAUCAGAUUACGACUCAUCUGAAUGCGGAUGUUAAGCAAUAAAACGUGAAUGACUGAACAUGAAUUAAGUUUGAGUUUAAUCUUUUUUUCUUGUCGCUGGUGGUUUGGAUUGCGGUGUCGCAUUGAUCAGGGUUUUUAGGAGUGAAUCAAGAAUAAAUGAAAGAUGUCAGAAAGCCGCAUCUCAGUCGGCCUGCUGUCAUAUGAAACACUGGUGCAUGCUGUGGCAGGUGCAAUUGGCAGUGUUACAGCUAUGAGUGUGUUUUAUCCUUUGGACACAGCCAGAAUCAGACUUCAGGUGGAUGAAAGCAGGAAGGCUAUGUCCACUCCCAUUAUUCUGGCUGAGAUAGCGAAGGAGGAGGGCAUAUUGUCUCUCUAUCGUGGCUGGUUUCCUGUCAUUUCUAGCCUGUGCUGCUCUAACUUUGUCUACUUCUACACAUUCAACACCCUGAAGAAGGUCAUGGUGUCUGACAGAUCAAGACCUGGCAAAGAUCUGCUCAUGGGCUUCAUAUCAGGAGCUGUUAACGUGCUCCUGACGACUCCCAUGUGGGUGGUCAACACGCGGCUGAAGCUUCAGGGGGCUAAGUUCCGGAAUGAGGACUUCCAUCAGACCCACUAUAAGGGAAUAUUUGGUCAGAACCCCUUAAACACUCAUUUGUUUGUUAAGAUAAUAGCCAGUGAGGGAGUGGGGACUCUGUGGAACGGGACUCUGCCGUCUCUCGUGCUGGUGUUCAACCCCGCAGUUCAGUUCAUGUUCUACGAGGCUAUGAAAAGGAAAGCGGGACAUGGAGGCAAGAAGAUAUCAUCACUCGAGAUUUUUCUUAUUGGUGCCAUGGCUAAAGCUAUUGCAACAACUGCAACAUAUCCACUCCAGACGGUUCAGGCCAUACUGAGGUUUGGCCAGUAUAAAUCUGAUGGAAAAGGAGGUCUGCUGGGCAGCCUGAGGAACGUGGUUUAUUUACUAAUGGACCGGAUCAAGAGACAUGGACUGUUGGGUUUAUAUAAAGGUUUAGAAGCAAAGCUCCUGCAGACAGUGUUGACGGCUGCGCUCAUGUUUGUGGUCUAUGAGAAGAUAACCACUGCCACGUUCAGACUCAUGGGUAUCCAGAAGAAACUCAAGCAUUGAGAUACUGAGCCAUGUCAACUACUGAGAGACUAAAUACUACCUCAGGAGGAGCUCCAUAUAUCCCAUCAGUCACCACUCUACUAACACGGGUUUAUGGUAUAGGUCCUCGGCUUUACCAUGACAUAGGUCAGUAAAGUGAAGUUUUUUGUUUGCCUAAAAACUGAAGCCAUGGAGGUGUUUAUGAACUCUUUGUUUUUAAUAGCCGUCUUAUAAGUAUUCAUAUUUUCUUUAUAAAUUUGAGUCUGAAUGUAAAACUUCUUAGUGCCAAAGGGCAACAGUAGCUUUAAAGCAAAUAUAAUAUAAUUCUCACAUCAGCUGAAGAUAAUACUGUUGGAAGGUGUUUUUGAAAGGGCUUACCAGGCAUAACACAUUUUCACAUGAAGAAUAUUUUUAAAGGAUUUACGUCUGUCCUUUCUGAUUGGAUUGAGUUCAUUUAUCACAGUGGUUCAUAAAAUAUUCAGAUCACAUGAUUUUAAUAAAAUGAGUUGUUCCAAGUACCACCUUAUGACCGCCAUAUAAAAACCACAUGAUUCAACAUUAAAAUGAAUAGUAGCUGGGCAAUGGAAGUGACAUAUUGCAUUAUGGACGUGACAUAAAAAUGCUCAGAGAAUGAAUUUGUUAGGAUUAUAUUGAACCAUCUGUUUAUAUUUUACUGAAUCCUUGUUGAUAGUCUAAACAUCAAAAAAUGUCAGUCUAUGAAAAAAAUAUAUAUUUAAAAAAGGGAAAUAACAUGUUUUGGAUGUGACAAAAAAAAGGAUGCGGUUUAUGGUAGACGAUAAACUUUGUAGGAUUUCUGUAAAAUAUAAUGCACAAUCCUAAAGCAAUAAUACCCUAUGAAUAGAGAAGGGAUGCCUUUAUAGAACAUAAAAUAGUUACUUUAUAUUAAUUUUCAUGUGACCACUUAUGAGGAAUAUGUAGCGUUAUGGAUUUAACCAGUGCUCGAAUUGAACCCCCAUAAGACUUUUGUUUGGUGGGGGUUAGUGGCGCAAUAUACAAUUUAUACAAAAUACACAAUACAUCUGGUAAUAAUAUUCAUAACUAUAUUCUAUUUAUUAAAAACAGGCUUAAAUAAAAUCACAGGACUCUUUUGGAUCAAAUCAGGCUUGGUGAACAGAAAUGACUUUUGAACUGUAGUAUACGUCCAACAGAAUAAUUCUAGCAUUAUUUACCAAUGUAGUGUUUACUAUUUUGAGUAAGCUGAGAGCUUAACGUCCAAAUUAAUUUAUUGAAAAUUGUGGUGUGCACGGAUAAAACAUUAAUAAUAAUCACUGCAACACUGUGUAAAACACUUUUCCUGUUUGAUUUCAUGGUGACUUUAACCUCGAGUAGAUGCCGAUGCGUGUUGAAUUAGCGCUUUACAGCAUUAACGACAACAACAGCUUUCACACCGGUUAUGGUGCAGAAAUACGUAAGAAUCUUAAUUUACACGCAGAUCACCGGAAGAUGAAGAUGAGCACAAGCGCCUGUCUGCUCACACUGUGUAUGAGUUGCCUGUCACGCGCCUGAGGUACAUCGACAACAAAUAAACGAUAAACUGUAUUAAAAUUGAUCAAAGGCUAUAAGAGAUGUAUUCCGUAUUUAUUAAUCAUGUACUAAACAUUUGACAUUGUAUCUAAAACAAGGAAUGAAUAAAGUUUUUUAUUUCCUGUCAUGUCACGUAACACCACCAGGGGUCUCUUCAAGUACCAAUAGUGGUGCGUGUAUCACAGUUUGAGAACCACUGGGACUUACUGUUGUUCAUAUCAAUCAACAAACAAGUUACAUUGCGUUUCUUGAUGUACAUUUUAUUUUUGAUUCAUUCAAUGACAUGCACACGAACACAGUGUAAUUUGGCAUCAAUAAGACAUGUCUUUAAAAACACAGGGCUCAGAACUGAAAGCAAUGUGAAUUUCUA